CAUUGGCUGCGGCCCCGCCCCGCCCAUCACGAGCCCCUUGUUCGAGCCGUCGUGCUCGGGCCCGGACUCGCCCCCCUCCGGUCGGUCCCCGCCGCUGUCCCCAAGCUGCGGCGCUGGCGCUGGGGCGGCCAGGAGAGAGGGGGGCAAGCGGGGAGAGCCCCGCCGUGCUCGUGGCGCUGCCGGUGCCGGGCCAGGCAGCGCCCCCCAGUCCUGCCUGAGCCGGGUGUGCUUGUGGCUGCAGAUGGCGGUGACGUUCGAGGACGUGGCCCUCUACUUCUCCCCCGAGGAGUGGGCAGAGCUGGCGGGCUGGCAGCGGCGGCUCUACCGGGAGGUGAUGCUGGACAACUACGAGCUGGUGGCCUCGCUGGGCUGGGCCGCCGUCAAGCCCGAGAUCAUCUGCAAGCUGGAGCGAGAAGAGGCGCCGUGCGUGCCAGACCCCCCCGGGGUGCGGCGGGGGCAGCAGAGCCCUGGGCCAGCAGCUGAUGAUGUCCAGGCGCAGCAGGAGGCCGAGUCUGUCCAUGAGCAGAUUCCGGCCCCUGCUGCCCUGCUCCCGGGGGUGCACGAGCCGGGUGGGAUGCAGGGAGACCCAUCAGGGCAGCCCCUCCUGGAACCCCGGCCACUGGAGCAGAAUUCCACCACGUGCCCCAAGUGCAAGAAGAGCUUCAAGCACCGGGCAGCGCUGGCCGUGCACAUGCGGAGCCACAGGGGCGAGCGGCCCUUCAGCUGCACCGACUGCGGCAAGAGCUUCAACCGCAAAGAGCAACUGCUGAGCCACCAGCGUGUCCACACAGGGGAGAAGCCCUUUGCCUGUGCUGACUGUGGCAAGUGCUUUGGCCACAAGCAUCACCUGAUGAGCCACCGGCGCCGGCACACGGGGGAGAAGCCCUUCAGCUGUGGCUACUGUGGACACCGCUUUGGGGAGAAGCACAACCUGGUCAGCCACCAGCGCAUCCACACGGGUGAGAAGCCGUUCAGCUGCCCCGACUGCACCAAGAGCUUCAGCCACAAGACUCAACUGCUGAGCCACCGGCGCGUGCACACGGGUGAGAAGCCCUUCACCUGUGACCGUUGUGGCCACCGCUUCAGGGAGAAGAACCACUUGAUGAAGCACCAGCGCGUCCACGUGGGCGAACGGCCCUUCACCUGCUCCGACUGCGGCAAGAGCUUCAGCCACAAACACAACCUGCUGAGCCACCAGCGUGUGCACACCGGGGAGAAGCCCUUUGCCUGUGACCACUGCGGCCGGCGCUUCCGGCAGAAGUUCAACCUGGUCAGACACCAGCGCAUCCACACGGGUGAGAAACCCUUCGCCUGUGCCGACUGUGGCAAGUGCUUCAGUCACAAGAAUCAACUGCAGAGCCACCAGCGCGUGCACACGGGUGAGAAGCCCUUUGCCUGUGGCCACUGUGGCCAGCGCUUCAGAGAGAGGGACCACGUGCUCAAGCACCAGCGCAUCCACACCGGGGAGCGCCCCUUCGCCUGCGCUGCCUGCGGCAGGAGCUUCAGCCAGAGGCAGAGCCUGCGGAGCCACCAGCGCCUGCACACCGGGGAGAAGCCCUUUGCCUGUGAGCGCUGUGGCCAGCGCUUCCGGCAGAAAAACAACCUGAUCAGCCACCAGCGCAUCCACACCGGGGAGAAACCCUUCAGCUGCCCCCGCUGCCCCAAGGCCUUCGGGCACAAGAAGAGCCUCACCAGCCACCAGUGGGUCCACACUGGUGAGAAGCCCUGCAAGUGUGGGGAGCGCGGCAAGACCUGCGGCCAGAAGCAGCAGCUGAAGAUCCAGCCGCAGAUUCACCGGGACCCGCGGGCGAUGCCGGAGGGCGGCGGUCGGGAGCCGGGGGGGCCAUCCCCGGCAGGGGGGGCGGGUGGAGGAGAAGCGCUUCCAGUGCAGCAGCCUCAAGAAGCGUUUUUGGGAUGAGGAGCUGGUGCUGGGUCACAGCGCCCCCACGGCGCCCCCGGCCUGCGGCCGCCUCCGCAGCCCAGCGCCCCGAGGCUGCCCCGAGGGGCCGGGGUGGCUGUGGGGGUGUCCUGUUUUGCCUGGGAUAGAGUUAAUUUACUUUUGUUCCUAGUAGCUGGUAUAGCGCUGUGUUUUGGAUUUGAAGUGGGAAUAUGACAGAAUGUGAUUUGAUAAUAUUACUCGUCCCGAGAGUAACCCGGUAGUUGUACUCAGCAUCGUUGUCAUCUCCAGAGCUUGGGAGCCAUCCUUGGCACGUUCCAGCCAUGGCGCUGUGUCUCCUGGAUGUGCCUCUGGUCCUGUUUAGGGCCAAACGACUAUUUGAAGAUACCGGGCGCAGCUCUGCCUCGUGCUGGACAGUUAUGGGCGGCAGCGUGUGCCGGGGGCGAGGACAUCAACAGAGGAAGUACCGAGAUAACUUAGAAAGGCUUCAAAGCACUGGGUCGGUCAGUUCAUGGGACGGGAGCACAAGAGAUAUUUGCCUCAGUUCCUGUGCUACUGGGAUGGAUGAGGAGCUAAAUAAAGAGAGGAGCAGAAAAGCCCAUCUCAUCAACGGGUGGCUUAAGGAGUGGUGUCACCGUCAAAAUUUUGGGUUUUUUGACCAUGGGGCAAACUCCGCGGUACCUGGUCUCCUCAAAGCAGAUGGGCUUCAUCCUUCUAGGGAGAGCAGGAGGACUAUAGCCCAUAAGUUGGCGGGGCUGAUCAGGAGGGCUUUAAACUAGGUUUGAAGGGGGAAGGGAUUGAAACUGGGCUCUCCAAAGAUCAGCCUAAGGAUGGAAAGCCUGAAUUAAGAGGGAAAUCAGCAGCCCACUCGCAGUGCAUGUACACUAAUGCACGCAGUAUGGGCAACAAACCAGAGGAGCUGGAAGCCAUGGUGCAGCAGGAAAGCUAUGACGGUUGCCAUCACAGAAACAUGGUGGGGUGACUCUCAUGACUGGAGUGCUGCUGUGUUGGCUACAAGCUCUUCAGAAAAGACAGGCAGGGUAGGAGAGGCGGAGGGGUGGCUUUGUAUGUUAGAGAGUCACUCGGCUCUGUUAAACUGGAGGUCAGCAGUGACAAGGUUGAGUGCCUGUGGACCAGAAUCAGGGGGAAGUCCAACAAGGCUGACAUCCUCGUGGGUGUCUGUUACAGACCACCCAACCAGGACGAUGAAGGAGAUGAAUUAUUCUACAAGCAGCUGGCAGAUGUCUCAAAAUGGACGGCCCUUGUUCUUGUGGGUGUCUUUAACCUGCCAGAUAUCUGCUGGGAGCUCAGUACUGCACAGAAGAGGCAGUCUAGGAAGUUCCUAGAGUGUACAGAGGACAAUUUCCUUCAUCAGCUGGUAGAUGAGCCCAGCAGGGGCAAGACCCCGCUAGACCUGCUGUUCACAAACAGAGCAGGGCUGGCGGGAGAUGUCGUGGUUGGAGGCCGCCUGGGGCAUAGCGACCAUGAAAUAAUAGACUUCUCCAUACUCAGAGAUGCAGGGAGAACCAUUAACAAAACCUCUACGCUGGACUUCCGCAGGGCAGAUUUUUGCCUAUUCAGAAGUCUAGUUCAGAGCAUACCCUGGGAAACAAUGCUUGAAAACAAGGGGGCCCAGGAGGGUCGGACACGCUUCAAGCAGGUUUGAGUGCACAGGACCAGGCUGUACCAGUGUGCCGAAAGGCUCGCCGGCGGGGAAGACAACCGGCUCGGCGAAACAGGGAGAUUCUGAAUGAAAUCAGAAAUAAAGAGAGACUUUACCGACUGUGGAAAAAAGGGCUGGCUACUUAUGAAGAAUUUAUGGAAAUAGCUGGAUCAUGCAGAAAAAAAAUCAGGGAAACAAAAGUGCAAAUUGAAGUUAAUUUGGCCAGUUCUGUCAGGGAUAAUAAAAAGUCCGUCUUCAAAUAUGUUAAUAACAAAAGGAGGGGCAAGGAAAACCUCCACUCUCUGUUGGACUCUGAGGGAAAUAUAGUUAACAAAGAUGAGGAGAAAGCUGAGGCACUUAAUACCUACUUUGCCUCAGUUUGUACCAGUAAGACAGGUGGCCCUCAGGACAACUCAUCUCUGGAGGUGGUUGACAGAGAUAGGAAGCCAAACAGGCCCCUUGUAUUCCAGGAGGAAACAGUUGGUGAUUCACUGAGCCACCUGGAUCCUCACAAGUCUAUGGGACCAGAUGGGAUCCAUCCCGGGGUGAUGAGGGAGCUAGCAGAAGAACUUGCCAAGCCGCUCUCCAUCAUCUUCCAACAGUCCUGGCUCACUGGGGAGGUCCCAUAUGAUUGGAAAUUGGCCAAUGCUACCCCAGUCCACAAAAAGGGCUGCAGAGCUGACCCUGGCAACUCCAGGCCUGUCAGCCUGAGCUCGGUGCCUGGCAGGGUUGUGGAGCAGAUCAUCCUGAAUGGAAUCACACAGCACCUUCAGGAUGGACAAGGGAUCAGACCCAGCCAGCAUGGGUUUAGGAGGGGCAGGUCCUGUCUGACCAACCUGAUCUCCUUUGAUGAUCAGGUGACCCAGCUGGUGGAUGAGGGGAAAGCCGUGGAUGUGGUCUAUCUGGACUUCAGCAAGGCCUUUGACACUGUCUCCCAUAAUAUACUCUUGCAAAAGCUGGUAGCCCAUGGCUUGGACAAGUGCACUCUACGCUGGGUUAAGAACUGGCUGGAGGGCCGGGCCCAGAGAGUGCUGGUGAAUGGGGCUGCAUCCAGCUGGCGGCCAGUCACUGGUGGUGUCCCCAGGGGUCAGGGUUGGGUCCAGUCCUGUUUAACAUCUUUAUUGACGAGUUAGACGAGGGGAUUGAGACCAUCAUCAGCAAAUUUGCUGAUGACACCAAGUCAGGAGGGAGUGUGGACCUGCUGGAAGGCAGGAGGGCUCUGCAGAGGGAUCUGGAUAGACUGGAAAAAUGGACUGAUUCCAAUGGGAUGAAGUUCAAUAAGGCCAAGUGCUGGGUGCUGCACUUUGGACACAACAACCCCCUGAGCGCUCCAGGCUGGGCGCAGAGUGGCUGGAGAGCAGUCAGGCAGAAAGGGACCUGGGGGACUAAUGGACAGGAAGCUCAACAUGAGCCAACAGUGUGCCCAGGUGGCCAAGAAGGCCAGUGGUGUCCUGUCCUGUAUCCAAACCAGCGUGGUCAGCAGGACAAGGGCAGUGAUCCUUCCCCUGUGCUCUGCAUUGGGGAGGCCACACCUGGAGUGUUGUGUUCAGUUCUGGGCCCCUCAGCUCAGGAAAGAGAUUGAAGUGCUGGAGCGGGUCCAGAGAAGAGCAACAAGACUGGGGAAGGGACUGGAACACAAGCCCUAUGGGGAGAGGCUGAGGGAGCUGGGCUUGUUUAGUCUGGAGAAGAGGAGGCUUAGAGCUGAGCUCAGCACUCUCUAGAACUACCUGAAGGGCAGUUCUAGCCAGGUGGGGAUUGGUCUCUUCUCCCAGGCAUCAGCAAUAGGACAAGGGGCCAUGGGCUUCAACUCUGCCAGGGGAAAUUGAGGCUGGAGAUGAGAAAGCAAUUCUGUGCAGAGAGAGUGGUCAGGAUUGGAAUGGCUGCCCAGGGAGGUGCUGGACUCACCGUCCUGGAGGUUUUUAAACUGAGAUUGGACAUGGCACUUAGUGCCAUGAUCUGGUCAAUGGACUGGAGUUGGACCAAGGGUUGGACUGGAUGAUCCCUGAGGUCUUUUCCAACCCAGUCGAUUCUGUGAUUCUGUGAUGGCCAAAGCGAUGGGCAGAGGGGCACAAGGCCUCAGGCGCUGGAGGCGGCUCCUGUCGGUGGGAUGGAGGCUGUCCCUGAAGGAAGAUGUUCUGUGUCACCAGGCACAGGGACCCUGUGCAGAGAGGUGUCCAGAACCUGAGGGAAUCAGCCGUGCUGGAGGUGAUUUGUGGUGAUCUGAACUAUCAGACACCCAGAUGAAGUCUGGUGCACGUCUCCCAUAUUAUAGUUCGUAAGGAACGCACGUCGUCGCACGCCAACUCGCUGGCAGUACUGACCGGGAAAGACGUUGAGGGACCAACACUGGAUGAAUUUGCUGGCCCGCUCUUGGAAUAUGAAGUAAAACUUUCUUCCUCAUUCGUCUCAGCUGUGGAGAAACUGCCCCGGAACUUCCAGCACCUCAGAGAGGAUGGGUCCAACUCCCCACCCGUACGUACCAGUACCUCAGCUACUGACCGUGGGUGUUCCUCUACUCAAGAGAGAGCACACAGUGGGUUCGCAGCAUGGGUGACCCUGUGGUUUUACUUGUGUGACCAUGGAGAGGACACGAGGAAGCACACGAAAACUCUCCCUCCCCGCUGGAGGCGCAGGAGCGUGAGCGGCAGCCAGCGCUGGGGUUCCUCCAGACGCGCUGCUCCCGUCUCCAGCGGGCAGUACCCGGCACAGCAGGAGGGCCGAUCUUCCUCUUCAUCCUCAUGAGGGGACUUGUGAUUCCCGUUUACAAGAAGUGAGCAGCGAAUACCGAGAGCUUUGAGAGUCGGUCCCAAGAUGGAGCAGUAUUUGCCUGACCAUCGCCAUCAAGAACUUAGAGAACUGAAGCUGAGCCCAAAAGAACAGAUGGACAGUGACUUGGAGAGAGGCCCGAGGAGCAGCAUUGUGUUGCACUGUUUCUCCGAUUCGGGGGGGCUCCUGCCAACAAUGGCUGUUGUGUGGACUUUGCCUGCUUCUCCAGCCAAACCAGCCCCCGCCUCCUGAAAGCUGUUGUCAUGAGGGUCUCUUCCACCCAGGGACAAGAGCUGCCGUCCAGAAGAUGUGUUCUCACCUGCAGCCUCAGUCACACGUGUCCCUCACCUGCUCCCCAAACAAUGGCCAGCGAAAAGGAGCAUGGCCAGAAGCUCGCCAAGGGUCCUGAGCUCACCCAAUGGACCAGAGAAAGACCCUGAAUGCUGGACACGUAAGCCUUGGCAAAAGAAAGCGUGGAUCUUUGGAGCCUGCGCAGUACGAGCCUGGGCUGUGAAAACAAUGGGAGCAAGGGGGGGUGAAGAAGCAUCAAAGGUGACUCCAGAAUGGACACCGUGGAAGAUCUUCCCACCAGAGGAUCCCAAACCACAACGGAGGACCGGCCGGACUCCACGGGACCGGAGACCAGAGGGACGUCUUUGGAACUGGACUGGUGAUAAACGCAACCUCGUUUCUCUUUACCUUUACUUUUCCCCUUUCUUUUUCUUACUCUCUCUGUCUAUCACGUGCCACUUUACGCGCAAAUUAAUAAAGUAACACUGCUUGAUUGAAUUAUAA